GGCUAGUAUUAGAAUCCAUAAUGAUAAGAUAUUACUUUUUUCUCAAGCUAUUACUGAUAUUCUGGAUAAUCGCAAGUUUUUUGACAAUCUUUGCAUAUUAAAGACUAUUUUAAAGCCCUUUGUUGAAGCUAUAGCGAUGCUUAAAAAAAAUAAUGCCUGCCUCUAUCAUGUUCUAAUUUGUUUUAGACAUUUUAGUCAAAUUUUUAUUAUUGAUGAGAAUGAUGACGAAGAAACUCAAGAUCUUAAGUUAUUAACAAUGAAUCGUCUUGAAAAAUGUUGGAAAGAUUGGGAACAAUCUAUUAUUAUUCUAUCAUAUUUUUUAAAUUCUGAUCUUUGA